GGCUUGAAUCCCGGCGCCUCAGAGGACUAUGAGGCGGGCGCCAACCGCCUGGGCCACGGGGCGGGAGGCAGCGCGGGAGCGGGGCGUUGAGGGACCGGCCUAGCGUGGGGCUCUGGCCUUGCGUCUUCCGACCGAAUAGCCGCUCCUGAGCCCGGUGCGCGGCUGCCGCCACCGCCUGGCCGUGGGUGCCGGAGCGGCCGGGCGGCGACCCAGGGUUCCUGGGUAGGCGCGGGCGGCGUCUCCGCGGCGGGCAUCCCCCGAGGCCGCCCUCGGGCCAUGAUCGACUCGGUGAAGCUGCGCCGCGACAGCGCGGCGGACUUCUUCUCGCACUACGAGUACCUGUGCGCGCUGCAGGACUCGGUGCCGCUGCCAGCCGUACGCGCCUGUCUCCGGGAGGGCGUGCUGGACUUCAACGCCGACCGCCUCCGCGGGGUGGACUGGGCGCCUCUGCUGAGCACUCUCAAGAUCAAUAAAGACCUACCCUUGAUCUCCAUCAAGAGCUUCUUCCAGCCUUGGCUGGGGGACACAGGUUCUGACAUAAAUAAAUUUUGCAGAAGUCGUGUUCCUGCGAUAAGAUACAAAGAUGUGACCUUCCAGUUGUGUAAAGCUCUUAAAGGCUGUUUAAGUAUAUCAAGUGUGCUAAGGAACCUGGAGCUAAAUGGACUAAUUCUGAGAGAGAGGGAUUUAACUAUUUUAGCAAAGGGAUUGAAUAAAUCGACUUCUUUGGUGCACCUGUCUCUUGCAAAUUGUCCAAUUGGAGAUGGAGGUUUAGAAAUUAUUUGUCAAGGUAUAAAGAGCUCUAUCACUCUUAAGACAGUCAACUUCACAGGAUGUAAUCUGACAUGGCAGGGAGCAGAUCACAUGGCCAAGAUCUUAAAGUAUCAGACCAUGAGAAGGCAUGAAGAAACCUGGGCUGAGAGUCUUCGCUAUAGGAGACCUGAUCUUGACUGUAUGGCUGGCUUAAGACGUAUCACAUUGAAUUGCAACACACUCAUUGGUGACCUAGGUGCAAGUGCUUUUGCAGACUCUCUCAGUGAGGAUUUAUGGCUGAGAGCUCUUGACCUGCAACAGUGCGGCCUCACCAAUGAAGGAGCAAAGGCUUUGCUAGAGGCCCUUGAAACCAAUACAACUCUGGUCGUUCUGGAUAUAAGAAAAAAUCCACUCAUUGAUCAUUCUAUGAUGAAAGCAGUUAUCAAAAAAGUUCUUCAGAAUGGAAGCAGUGCUAAAUCAGAGUACCAGUGGAUAACUUCUCCAUCAGUGAAGGAACCAUCCAAAACUGCUAAACAGAAAAAGAGAACUAUAAUUCUAGGAAGUGGUCACAAAGGAAAAGCUACUAUUAGAAUUGUUAUUUGGAGACACAGAGUAGGAUUGGCUACAAAGAAACCUGUAAGUAGUGGCAGAAAACACUCCCUUGGUAAAGAAUAUGCGCCCGCACCUCUACCACCUGGUGUGUCUGGUUUCUUGCCAUGGCGUACUGCAGAACGUGCAAAAAGGCACAGGGGUUUCCCAUUAAUCAAAACACGUGAUAUAUAUAAUCAGUUGCAGCAAUCAGGUUUUCCUGUGACUGUGACAGUAGAGAGUCCUUCAUCCUCUGAAAUUGAAGAGGUUGAUGAUUCUUCAGAGAGUGUUCAUGAAGUGCCUGAGAAAACUAGCAUAAAACAAGAAGCAUUACAGGAAAAACUGGAGGAGUGCCUAAAGCAGUUAAAGGAGGAAAGAGUGAUAAGGCUUAAGGCUGAUAAGCGAGUCAGUGAGCUGGAACAUGAAAAUGCCCAGUUAAGAAAUAUAAAUUUCUCUCUGUCUGAAGCCCUUCAUGCACAGUCAUUGACAAAUAUGAUCCUGGAUGAUGAAGGUGUUUUGGGCAGCAUUGAGAAUUCUUUUCAGAAGUUUCAUGCUUUUUUGGAUCUCCUUAAAGAUGCUGGGCUUGGGCAGCUUGCCACAAUGGCUGGGAUAGAUCAGUCAGAUUUUCAAUUACUAGGUCAUCCCCAGAUGACUUCUACUGUUAGUAAUCCACCUAAAGAAGAAAAGAAGGCACUUGAAGAUGAAAGACCAGAACCAAAGCAGAAUGCCCUAGGGCAGAUGCAAAAUAUCCAGUUUCAGAAAAUUACAGGUGAUGCUAGAAUUCCUUUGCCUCUCGACUCCUUCCCUGUCCCAGUUUCUACUCCAGAGACCUUAGGAACUUCCAGCGACAACCUGGGAGUCCCAGCCACUGAGCAGCGGCAGGAGUCUUUUGAGGGAUUCAUUGCUAGAAUGUGUUCUCCUUUACCAGAUGCGACUUCUGGAACUGGAAGUCAAAAAAAAGAAGAGGAGUUGUCCAGAAAUAGCAGAUCUUCUUCAGAGAAAAAGACCAAAACAGAAUCCCAUUGAAAUGAUUGGAGAAAUAUUAAAAUAAAAAUAAUAGCAGAGUUGGAAAACCAGAAAUUAAACAGCGUGGAAUUUCUGGAAGAUAAGAAGCAGAUGAUCUAAGUACCAGUUAAUUAAAGGGUGGAACAGCUAAGCCAUUCCACUCAUCUUUGGAGCAUCUAAUUCUGGAGUUUGCCACCAGGCUAAGAAAGCGGCCAUCUGAAGUGGGAGCUCUGACCCAAGAAAUGCUGGGAUCAGAGAAUAAGGGAAUUACCCAAAAUGGCUAUGAAGAGGAACUGAAGUUAAGCUGCCCACGUGAUCGAUCUCUGACUGUGAUGAUCUGCCACUUCCAUUUAUAAUCACCAUAUAAGUGCCUGUAAUCAUUUGUGUUCACUGAAAGUGAACAAGAAUUCCCAUCUGGAUGAAAAAACAAUACUUCAAACUUUAAUCUUAGGCCCUCAUUUGUAAAUAUGGACAGCCAAAAAUCAUCAAAUUUGAAGAAAACCAGUAACAUAAAAGGAGGCAUGAAAUUAAAAUUAACCUGUUGAAGAAGAUAGUUACUAGGAGAAACAUGAAAUUUUUAAAUUAAUGAAUCAAAAUCUUCAGCAAUUCAUAAAGAUAAUUAUGUUCAUAAAGAAUAGGAUGCCAUGAAAAAAAUAUUUAGCGGAUUAUUUAGCGGAUUACUGGAAAUUAAAAAUUUGAUUAUAAAACUGAAACAGAAGAUGGACUACACAGCAGAAUGGAUUCAGUUGAAGCUUAAAUUUAUGAAAUGGAAGAUAUUAAUUGGUAUUAGACAUUUCAUCAGCAACUAAAUUACUUAGAAAAAAUCUUCCUCAGAGUAACUAACCAAAAUGAACAAUGAAUCCAUUAAAGUGUGGUUUUUUUUUUUUUUUGAAUCAAGGUCUCACUCAUGUCACCCAGGCUAGGGUGUAGUGAUGGGAUCACAGCUCAUUGUAACUAGGAACCAUUGGGCUUAAAUGAUCCUCCCACCUCAGCCUCCCAAGUAGCUGAAAUGUACCACCAUGCCUAAGUUUUAAAAAAUUAUUGUAGAGAUGGGUU